UUCGUGAUUGUUACGUCUUAGAAAAACACAUUUGUAUGUGUGCAUAAUACAAACAUUUAGGUCACGUUGUGGUCACGUUGCAAGUGGCGUGGACGGAUCUGACAUUUCUAUAAUUCUCAUAAUUCAGUAGUUUUGUACGCCACUUCUGUGAUUACCUCCUCCCUUAUAUCGACGUAACAUAUUCUAAACGUUCUAGAAGGAGUAGAAUCCUGUUGCAUGAGCAAUUGUUAUCUGUAUUACUAUAUUCUUAAAUAGUUUGUUUUGAAAACCUUUCAGUGGGACUUGUUUAAUUUGAUUCUAUAGUUGAGUGCUAAUGAGAAGUUGAAUGGUAAUCAAUAAAAUACUGUAACAGUUUUGUGAUUGAGCUGCUAUAAGUUAAUUUUGUGCAACAUCAUUUAUUGGACUGUGACUUGAAAACUAUUUUAUGGAAAUUUAUAAAGAUAUCAAAAGUAACUUAUUCUACACCAGGUGCGAUGUGGGUAACUACGUAAAGAUGUCAGCUGCCGCGGAGACGCUGCCGGCGCCGACCGUACGUCCGCACGCUCCUGCCGCCACGGCGCCCGCGCCCCCGCCGCCGCCGCCCCCGGCCGCUCGCCGCUCUAAUGGCAAGCACAUCGUGCACUGGUUCCGGAAAGGCCUGCGCCUCCACGAUAACCCAGCGUUAAAGGAGGGCCUGCUAGACGCAGCAACCUUCAGAUGCGUAUUCAUUAUUGAUCCAUGGUUCGCUAGUUCUUCUAAUGUUGGCAUCAACAAAUGGAGGUUUCUGCUGCAAUGUUUGGAAGACUUAGAUAGUAGUUUACGGAAACUUAACUCGCGUUUGUUCGUGGUGCGAGGGCAACCCGCGGAUGCUCUACCUAAACUGUUCCGAGAAUGGGGCACCACUGCGUUGACCUUCGAAGAGGAUCCCGAGCCGUACGGCCGUGUGCGGGAUCACAACAUUAUGUCAAAAUGCCGCGAGGUCGGCAUCACUGUCACAUCUCGUGUGUCCCACACGUUAUACAAACUAGAUCAAAUUAUAGAACGAAAUGGUGGCAAAGCGCCUCUCACGUACCACCAGUUUCAGGCAUUGAUUGCCAGUAUGCCUCCUCCUCCGCCUGCAGAAGCACCGAUAUCGGCCCAAACGCUGAACGGUGCAACCACGCCCGUAACCGAUGACCACGACGAUCGGUUUGGUGUUCCGACUCUCGAAGAACUUGGAUUCGAGACCGAGGGAUUAAAACCUCCCGUUUGGAUUGGAGGGGAGAGUGAAGCUCUAGCUAGGUUAGAACGACAUCUAGAAAGAAAAGCCUGGGUGGCUUCAUUCGGUCGACCAAAAAUGACCCCGCAGUCAUUGUUGGCGAGUCAAACAGGUUUAUCACCAUACUUAAGGUUCGGUUGUUUGUCGACGAGAUUAUUUUAUUAUCAGUUGACGGAAUUGUAUAAGAGAGUCAAAAGAGUAAGACCUCCACUAUCUCUUCAUGGACAAAUACUAUGGAGGGAAUUUUUCUAUUGUGCGGCGACACGUAAUCCUAACUUUGAUCGCAUGGAAGGGAAUCCCAUAUGCGUCCAAAUUCCAUGGGAAAAGAACCAAGAAGCUCUAGCAAAAUGGGCUAGCGGUCAAACUGGGUUCCCAUGGAUAGACGCAAUAAUGAUACAAUUAAGAGAGGAAGGCUGGAUCCAUCACUUAGCCAGGCAUGCAGUGGCCUGCUUCCUAACUAGAGGAGAUUUGUGGAUCUCCUGGGAAGAAGGAAUGAAGGUGUUCGAUGAAUUGCUUCUCGACGCCGACUGGUCGGUCAAUGCUGGCAUGUGGAUGUGGCUCUCGUGCUCAUCAUUCUUCCAGCAGUUUUUCCACUGCUAUUGUCCGGUCCGUUUCGGUCGCAAAACUGAUCCUAACGGUGAUUUCAUAAGGAGAUACAUUCCUGCGUUAAAGAAUAUGCCGACGCGGUACAUCCAUGAGCCGUGGGUGGCUCCAGAGUCGGUGCAGCAGUCGGCACGGUGCAUCAUUGGCCGCGACUAUCCGCUACCCAUGGUAGACCAUUCGAAAGCGUCUCAAGUCAAUAUAGAACGCAUCAAGCAAGUGUAUGCGCAACUCGCGAAAUACAAACCGCAAGGGACAUUGAACCCGAAUGCUGUGCAGAGGCCGAAUGUGAUGCAGUCGUCACCGAGUCCGAACUCGAUUAUCACCAGCAUCAAUCAGUCUAACUACCUCUGCAGCCAGGCGCCUGAACCUCCGACGACAACGCCACAAAUAAUACCCUAUAAAGACAACGAUGUCGUAUUCCAAAAACCAAUGAACCACCGGUCUAUGAAGCCAUCAUUUAAACAAGUUGUCAUUGUACAGAAAAAGCAAAACACCAAUGUUAUACAGACAGUUUCUAACUGUACGUCACAAUCAAAGGAAAACUAUAUUGUAAAUGGUCAACUAGACGGUUCUUACAAAACGCCGAUCAACGACAACAUACAAUCAACUAAACAAGAAAACUACGACUUCAAAAACUUAGUUAUCAACAACUAUGUUCAAGGCUAUUCUAACAGCCAAGAAAUAUUUCAGAAUGAACAGUCAAAUAAAAAUGAAUUGUUCGCACAACAAACUUUAAAAAUUAAUAGUUUCAAUUACGAGAAACAGAAAUAUUACUUAUCGUCUUAUACCGACAACGGUGUUCGACUAUCAGGCGUACACAAUGAGGCGCCGCCUCCGUACGAGGGAGAGCUCAACGACACCAACAUGUCCUUCAACCAAGAAGAUAAAAAUGAAGCUACAAAAGACAAAGCUAUUGAGAACACAUGCUUGCAUCCAAUGUCAAUAAAUGACGAAGGAUCAAUAUCAAAUGAAAAUUGCCAGAAUAAUCAGUCUAAUGAAUGUGGAUUUAACUCCUCAAAUGAGAAUCAGGAAUAAGUAAGAAUAAUUACAACAUUAAUUAGUCAUAAUCUAUAUAAGUACAGUCCAAGCCCAAGAGGACAGUAAAUUGGAAACUUAUGUCUUUUAUAAGAUAAAUAAUUUGUCAAAGAAGCCAAAUGAAACAGCUUAAUUGAUUUGAUAAUAAUAAGAAAAAACUAAAAGAACAAUACAUAUAAUAUGGUCAAAGUAACAUGAAAAAAACAAUUAUGUGCAAUAUGUGCAUGUUAAAAUUGGAAAAUCUGACAAUAUAUCCGGCCAGGCAGAUCUCUAAAAUUAGGGUGAAUAAUUAUAAUUUUACGAUAAAAUUACAAGAAUGUUAGCUAAUAAAUGUUUCUAUACAA